AUGCUGUACCGUACCACCGCCGCCCGCUCUAUGCUCCGGGCUAUCUCGAGCUCCAAUGCCUCCGUGGCUCGCUCGACCAUGGUCAACCCGGUCUUCAAGGCCCAGCUGACCUCGUCCGCCCGCUAUGCGGUCCGCCCGUCCGUCAAGUCCAACUUCGCGCUCGCUGCUCACAAGCCCGUCACCACCGCCCUUGUUCGCCACGCCUCGUCUUCCAGCAAGGAUGACGAUGAUGUCGACAUGAUGGCCGGUAUGAAGUCAGAGGCUAAAGUCAUCAAGGAUACUUUCAGCCUGGCUGAGGUCCCUAAGGAGGCUCUCUACCUCGGUAUGGCCGGUGUCAUCCCCUACGUGGCCACCUCUCUGGAGACUGUCUACCUCUCCUAUGAGAUCAACCGCGCCGCUUCCCUCGGCGAUGGACUGAUCUUCUCCGGUCAGAGCGCUGAGCUGCUCCUGCACAUGAUCGAGCCCCUCCAGGUCACCUACGGUGCCGUUAUCCUUUCCUUCCUUGGUGCCAUCCACUGGGGUCUUGAGUGGGCUGGCUACGGCGGCAAGUUCGGUUAUCGCCGUUACGCCGCCGGUGUGAUCGCUCCUGCCGUGGCCUGGCCUACUCUGCUGUUCCCCACUGAGUACGCCCUGAUCACCCAGUUCCUUGCCUUCACCUUCCUGUACUACAACGACGCCCGCGCUGCCGCCGUUGGCCGUGCUCCCCACUGGUACGGCAUGUACCGUUUCGUCCUGACCUUUGUUGUCGGUGCCUCCAUCGUCGCCACCCUGAUCGGCCGUGAGCAGAUCCAGUCGACCAUCAGCACCGAACACACCAUCUCGGACAAGGUCAAGGCUCUGCUCUUCCUGCAGAAGAAGGAGAAGGAGGAGGCCGAUGCCCGCCGCAAGGCUGAGGUCGAGGACUCGGAGUAA